AGUUAAAAACCUAAUUAGCUGCAGGUCGGACGCAAAGUUCUCGGUUCAUAAAAUGAGUCUCCCGGUAUCCAUGCUGCUCCUCCUGUGCCUCAUCUGCAUCCAGCGCUCGCGACAGCAACCUCCCCCGAAUCCGGAACCUCUGGCGGAUAAUGGCAUUUACACACCCGCCCUGGAGGACGACCUGGACUGGACGGGCGCCAACUGGCAGCUGGUGGUCCGCUUUCUGAUGCAGCGCCAGCAGCUGCGUUUCUGCAUCGCACUGGCCAGAUUCGACGAGCAGCUGGUGCCCGGCACAGCCUGCCAGGCGCUGUUGGCCAACGGCCCGCUCAUGGCCAACUGCGAUAUUGGUAACAUCGAGGAUCUGACCAUGACCUUGCGCUACGCCUUCGGCGAAAUUCUGCUCGACACGAGUCGAAAGUGUCGUCCUGGCCUGGAGCUCUUUGGAGUUCGCUGCCGGCGGAGGGCUUAG